AUGAAUCAUAUUCUCAUGGGAAAGAAGAAGAUCGAAAUUACGGAUAAAGGAAAGAAGUCUACAAGUGGAUCACUAGAGGUCUGCUCUUUCAAACCUGAGAUCUUUGAGAAGCUAAUGUCCUCGCUCUACAAAGGUCUCGAAAUCGCUACACUGUCAUCUAGAAUCAAAGGAAGGAGAUUACUGGAGGUUCCAGCAUGGCUUCAAAUGGGGGGAACCAUUGGAGAAGAAUUCCUCACCAAGAACGACUUUGAACUACUAGCUGUCAUAUUUCGCAGGCGAGUAGAAUCUUUUCUUGCCAAACUGUCAGAAGUCCACGAUUUUAAACAUAAUGUUCCGCAGGGAUACAAGGAAUUAGAUGACGACUAUACUGCACAAGCGAGUGCUAUUGAUAGAAGGAAAUCCGACUCGAGGAAGGAUAGAGCAGGGAAGACUCUUGAGCCUGACUCCAUCAGCAUGGAUCUACAAAACCAAAGGCUCAGUCGUAGUGCUUGUAAAGGUGGGACAUAUAAUACCAACCGCCAUCAAUCGACUAACUCGCAUAUUAAUCAGAAUCGCCGCUUGCAUAAUCUCCUGGAUGACGAUGACAUCUCACCGUCAGAUGUUGGUGAAGGCAGCGAAAGGGAGAAAGAUCGUAAGAGGGGGCAAGGCCCUGGCUAUCCGAGUGACGACCUGGGAAGUGACUCAAGCGAGGAUGACGACAGUGAUAGAAGAGGUGGUAAUAGGGAUCGCCGACAAGAGGAUAGACGGUCAGGAGGGACUCGCUCCACUACUGCAGAUACCAGUAGCAGUGUUACUACCAGAUUCCAAUUCGACCUCAAAUUGAAACAAGAAGUUGUGCCUAUCUGGGACGGAAACACGGACAGUAUUGUUCGUUGGAUUUCCAAAGUAAAUGAUCUAGCGCGCUAUGGAAAGAAAGUGAGACAGCAGCUGGGCAGUAUAGUACCAAGACGGUUACAAGGCUCAGCCGAGAUCUGGUACUUCUCCCUAUCCAAGGAAACCCGACUUGACCUGGAAGCUGAUUGGAAGCACCUACGGCAAAGGAUCGUCGACUAUUAUAUGAACCGCAAGUGGCUCAACAACGUUAGAAGCAGAGCAUGA